GAUUUAAAAGCCCAACAAUGAUAGAUUAAGCUCGUGAAGCAAUUACUCUUCAAAACCGGCGAAGAAGACACGAUCCAAUGAGCUUCCCGGCCGAAAACAGCUCACAGAGCUAGAGCAACCCAACAACGGAUCACUAUCACAAUCCUACCUCAACAUCAACAGCCCAUCUUCCCCAAGAAACCGACCGUCAAUGCCAAAGAAAUGAAAGCGAAAUUGCCUCAUUGAAGUGUUAUGAAAUAAUAAAACGCACGAGAAUAAUAUUCCCCUUCUCCCGGAGUCUACCGAAGCCACACAAAGAAAACGGAAGUUAUUCAAAGUGGCUCAGUGAAAUUUGUGAGGAAACAAGUGUUUACGCGCAGCAAUGCAGCAUCUUUCGCGGUGGUGAUUAAUAGGAAACUGUGCGACCCAUUAACCUUUCCUCUGGACAGCCCCCAUCGGAAGCAGUGGGCGCGUGAAGUAGUCGGUAGCGCACUCUUUUGUUUCCUUCCCUCCCCCCAUUUAUUUGGUUUACCACCACCAAAGAGUCUGGUCGUCAAUGUUGCACCAUCACCGACUUCACGCCUCAUCCUCACAGCUGUCCUCGUCCUCCUCGGUUGGCUCACCGAUGAAUCAUAAAGACCUGGAAGCGGAACUGGACGAGUAUCUGUCAGAGUAUAAGCUGCAGGGGCCAAUCGAACCGAUCAGUCACUACGCAGAUGGCGAACUAGAGGCAGAAUGGUUGAACUCCGCCGGAUUUCCUCAGCUGACCAGAGCCUUCGAAGAGGGCCGUGAGCUUUCCACGUCUGAGCUCGUCCCGGUCAUAGCGGGCCUCUCGACGGCUCAUGCGGAAGCUGUCAAGCAUCGCGUAAAAGCCCUUAAUCGAACUGUCCGCGGAAGGACACGCAACCGAGGCAGCAAAAAGCCGGACAUCCGCGAUGUCUUCCGAGAUCUAGAUUCGUCCAGCACGGGAACCCGUUCACGAAGUGCCACACCGGAUUCACUGGACUCGCUGCCAGGCGAUGACAGCUGGAACAACGGUACCACUAACAACAACCACCACCAUCAUCAUCAUCAUCCCCAUAUCCCGAGCUUUGUGUCCGUAUUCGACGGAGGUAAUGGAGUUGUGCGACCGACACCGAUUCGCGGCAAACAAAACCUGCGACGUACACCAAGUGCCCCGCUACGCGGCUCAGCGGAACUAUUUCGCGGGUCGCACGUUCGCUGUGAUAUUCCCUUCCACAAUGAGGGCAUAGAGUUACUGAACUUCCAGAGACUGGGAACCAUACACAUACCAAGGAUUCGAUCGGGAUCCGAUCCUUCUUGCACGAUUGGAACGCAUGGCGGUCAACACAUUUCCGGAACACGUAGCCAUACGAACCUGUACAAUGAUAAUCAAAGUAACGAGGAUUCGGGAAACUCGUCGUCGGAGCAAAGUCCCCCGAACUCACCGCCUCGCAGCAGUCUGCUUUGUUCGGUCGAGAACUCUCCCCUACGCUCGUCCUACGAACCAGUCAGUUUCGAGAGCAUGAUCAAGCAGACAUCAACGCCCCACGAAUCAUCACACAAACUAUGGCAGCUACAGGGCCUCCACGAGUCAUGCUGCGAUAUCGAUAAUGUGUCCGAAGGGGACUUCAAACGCCUGCAACCGUUGUUGUGGCUGGAGCUGGCCUCCCUGUUUGACAAGAAUCACGUCGCCCUAGACAAACGGAAACCGUUCAAAAGAAAACGAAAGGAGGAAGGCAAUGUCUUUGGAGUGUCACUAAAUGCCCUGGUGAGACGCGACCAACAGAUUACCGGUGAAGAUACCACCCUUGUGCCUCUGAUAUUGCAAGCGAUCUUAUCCGAGCUAAGGUUACGCGGUGCUAAAGAGGAAGGCAUCCUGCGAGUGCCAGGACAUAAACAGAAGACCGAAACCCUCUACAACGAAAUCGAACACAACUUCUACUACAAACCGGAGAAAGUGGAACCCUUGAUCAAGAAGGCAGGCGUGCACGAUCUCAGUGCACUGCUGAAGCGAUGGCUGCGAGAACUACCUCAACCUCUGCUGGCAAACGAUCUUGUGCAUUUAUUCUACCAAACGAACGUUCUACCUCCACGCGAUCAGUACAAAGCAUUGGCCGUGCUCUGUCAGCUGUUACCACAUGAGAACCGCAACACCCUGCGGGAGCUGCUGACGUUCUUCCGAUUGGUAGUGAAUUUGCAGGAUACGAACAAGAUGUCCCAGCAGAACGUGGCAACCAUCAUUGCACCUUCGCUAUUUCCGCCAAGGUUCAUCCAUCCACCCGAUAAGAACAACAUUGGAGCCCAGGUCCGUAUGGCAGCGCAGUGUUGCCAUCUAACGAGCGUCCUAAUCUCUAUUGCCGACGAGCUAUGGCGGGUGCCAACCCGACUCAUUGAUCAAAGCAAAAUGAUCAACAAAAAUGGGCAGCCAAAACGUCAACUGACCCGCAAAGCCAAAAAUCCUCCUUCGAGCAACGGUGACUUUGUCAUCGAUACCAACCAUAUUCAUAGAUUGGUCAUCUGAGUGCAACACGGUUAAAAUAACCGAGAGAUAUCGAACAAUGACUGUUAAGUCCGGCAACAUUUCCAUUUAGCUUUACACUUCACCAGCAAUCAGAGCCUAAUUUUAGACUGUUUGACCGUGCCGUGCUGCCGUCUGCACUGGUUUAAAAUUUAUAAACACUGUCCAGAGAGUAAAUGUAUUACUACUUACAAUAACCGUAAUGCUAUAAGUCGUAUGCUUGAGUGGGAGUAUAGUACGUCAGAUUGCAUUUUGUUGCAGUUCAUUUUAUUCUCACUUGUUAUAGCUUAGUUUAUACACAGACACGUAUCGAUAAUUAUCUAAGGAUUGAAUGGUUUGUUUUACCAAGUGUGCGCGUGUGGCUUUGCCUUUCUCUUUGUGCUUACCGAUAAUUGCUUUAAACGAUAAUAAUUAUUACCCAGCGGAGAAAGUACGUGUGUGUUCUAGAUUUACCAAUUUACCUAUCCAUACUCCUCGAUUCCGGCUGAAGUGAGAGAGCACUAAACUAAAAUUAGAUUAAUGGGAUUCCCGCUAAAUUUAACCUCAGAUGCAUUACACAAAGUUUGGGAGCUAUUCCGGCAGCCAUAUAGUCAAGAAAUGUAUUGUGCUGCUUGCGUGUCAUGUCUUAUAAGGUAGCCGUAGUAAUGGGUAUUCUCAAAUUAACGGGAGAAACUGGAGCAUACGUAACUUACGUCAAUGAAUGAUGAUAGUCAUUGUAAUCUUUAUUUAUUACGGUGUUAUAGUCAAAGAUUGUAUAUACUGGAGAGGCAGUUGAGUUGUGAUGUGUAUAUAUAGGCGUGCAAAUGAAUAAGAUGAAAUAAAUGUGUACCAUGAUAUUCUUCGUAA